GCACCCCUCAAAAAAAAUUAUAUUCAUCAAGCAACCAUGCAAGGCCUACUCCUCUUGGUGCUCCCCUUGGUUCCUCUGGUCGUCCUCGCCGUGAUCCGGCAUGCAGGCCCGAUCAAAACGCGCCUCGCCACCGUCAUGUCGGCCCUAGCACCGAAGCUCCCCGCCGCCUGGAGGAAGCCAGUCUUCGUCAGCGACUGUGCCACGGCGUACCGCCUUCUCGUGCGCGGCAGCGCCGGCGGGUCCUUCUCCAACCGUCCGCCGUCCAUGGCGCCCAGCGCCGUCCUGUCCGCCGGCCGGCACCACAACAUCACCUCGGCGCCCCAUGGCCCAUUCUGGCGCGCCAUCCGCCACAACCUCACCUCCCAACUCUUCCACCCGACGCGCCUCCACCGCUACGCCUUGGCGCGCCGCAAUGCGCUCCGAGGUCUCGUGGCGGACCUCCGCGAGCAGCAGCAGCAGCACGGCGUGGUCCUCGCGGCGGAGAGCAUCCGUGACGCCAUUUUCAACGUGGUCUGCACCAUGUGUUUCGGGGACAGCGUUUACCCAGCCCUGGUACGCGCCAUAGCCGAUGCCCAGGACGACCUCGUCCAGUCGUUGCCUGUGGUGCGCGUCUUCGUCUUCUCGGUGUUCCCGGUGGCGGUGACCAGGCUAAUCUACCGCAAGCAAUGGAACAAGCUGGUCUCAGUACGGCAGAAGCAGGAGGAUAUGUAUCUCCCGCUCAUCGAUGCAUGUCGCCGCCGUCGCCGCUGCUCCGACGAGCCUCCGUGCUACGUCGACACGCUCCUCGACCUCGAGGUCCCGGUCAAAGACGACGACCAUGUGGCCUCUGUAGGUGUAGGCGGCUCUGCGCAGCAGCAGAGGAUCAGCGACGCAGAACUCGUAGGGCUGUGCUCGGAGUUCCUCGGUGCUGGGAGUGAAACCGUAGCCGCGGCAAUCCAGUGGAUCAUGGCGAACCUGGUGAAGCGCCCAGACAUACAGGAGGCUGUCCGUAGAGAGAUCGACGAUUCUGUGGGCGCCGAGGCCGAGGAGGUCGGCGAGGAGGUUCUUGAGAAGCUGGAGUACCUCAACGCCGUCGUCAUGGAGGCUCUUCGGCUACAUCCUACCACAGCUUUGGUGUUUAGGCAAGUGAUGAAAGAAGAUGAUGUCGUUCUUGAUGGCCGACGCAUUGGAGUGGGCACCACGGUGAUCUUUCCACUAGAGGCUCUAGCGCGUGACAAGACGGUGUGGGCUGACCCCGAUGUGUUUAAGCCGGAGAGAUUCCUAGCUUCCGGAGGUGGAGAAACCAUGAACCUCGUGGCAGCGACAGGUAGCGCCGGGAAGAUGAAGAUGAUGCCGUUUGGUGCCGGCAGGAGGAUUUGCCCCGGCAUGGGCAUCGCCAUGCUCCACAUAGGCUACUUCGUGGCAAAUCUCGUGAGGGAGUUCGUGUGGAAGGAGGCAGAGGGUGAACACACCAUUGAUCUUCAGCCACACACCAUCGUGUUGGUCACUGUCAUGAAGCGGCCACUACGAGCUCAUCUUUUGCAAAGGCGACGGGACGCAAAAAAUACAAGUUAA